AUGGGAAUUUCCGGACUCUAUGAAUUCAUAAAACCAUGCGUGGAUAAAAUACAGACGCUCAAAGCGAUAAGGGGACAAGUUGUGGCAGUGGAUAUGCCCUGCUGGGUGCAUAGAGGAGCAGUUCAAGAUGCACAAGGCGUCGUUAUGAAUCCAGAAAGACCAUCAGAAAAAAUCAAUGCUUUCUGUCUCAAGCGACUCGAGCUUUUGAAAAAAUUCAAUAUCACUCCAAUCUGCGUCUUUGACGGCGAAAAACUUCCAUCGAAAAAAGCAACGAACGAAACUCGCCGGGCCCGUCGCGAGGAAAAUCGACAGAAAGCAAUUGAGGCGUUGAAGAAUAAUCAAAGCUCGUGGAAUUUCUUCAUCCAAGCGAUUCGCAUCUCCCCGGAAAUUACUCAAGGCGUCAAGAGCAUGUGCAGAGAGAAGGGAUACAUGGUCAUUACGGCGCCGUAUGAAGCGGAUGCGCAAUUGGCCUGGCUUUCACGUGAAAAACGAGUUGAUGCAGUUAUUACAGAGGACUCCGAUCUGUUCAUUUUCGGAACCAAGCGUCUCAUCACAAAACUACAAGACGACGGAAAAUGCCAAAUCGUCGAUCAAAACAAAAUUGACUCCGUCAAAGAAUUAGAAAAAUUUGAUGAUAAGCUGCGAUGGCUUAGAUAUGCUUGCAUAAUGCAGGGCUGCGAUUAUUUUCCGAAAGGAAUUCCUGGUUUUGGACUGAAGACGUCUAUAAAACUGCUUGUGCGUGCGUUUGAACAGGAUGAUCACUCGUUGAAAGCGAUUAUGGAGAAAAAGAACUCUUAUUUUAAUUCAAAACAAUUAGCAAAGUGGGAGCCAAACACGGCCGAAAAGAUAACCGAUGCGGAGGACACAUUUUACUACCAGCUGAUUGUUGACACAAAAAAUAAGUCCGUGCAGCCGUUUCAACCCUAUCCAGAAGGAAAAUCGGACGCUGACUAUCCUCAAUGUGGCUCGAUCAAGACGAUUGAAGAUGUUCGAAAGUCGCUGCAAGAAAAGAAUUUGAAUAUUCUAGAGGCCGUCGGGGGCAAAGCGGAAGUGAAAAUGGAGGCAAAAGACAAUCCGAUGAUUGUUCAAUCGCCUAAAACUGCGACUUCGCUGAAACGAAAAAGCGACCACGACGGAGGCAUCCGAAAGAAGGAAUUCAAGCCUGACAAAUCGUGGCGCUUGGACAUCACAAAAGCCAUGGGCAGCGAAAGCCUCUUGCCAGUCUCAAAUGAUUGCCGAAAAUCGUUCAAAUCGGUCGUGCCCGGACGAAAAACGGUGGAAACGCCAGAUGCUGAAAUGCGUAGUAAAUACUUCAGAGAAUCCUCGGUUGGCUCCGUUUCUGAUACUCAAAGCUCUUCUCGAAGCAUAACUCCUCCAACAAAAUCUAAAUUUCUCGACGAUUUAUUUGCUGGAGACGAGGAAUUUCUGUCGGCAUCUCGUCCCUUGAAGCCAAAAGAAGAAGCACCAAAGCCGGAUCUAUCCAGUUUCGAUAAGCUUUUUCUUUCAAAAGAAGCCAAUAAAACAGCUUCUCAAAAAGAAGAAGUAAAGGAAGAGAAGAACUCCGACGAGAUUGUUUUCGUGUCCAAGAAAUCGCCUGUAAAAGCUUCCCCGAAAAAGCUCACACCAUCGCGCAAGAUAAUUUCACAAAAACGCAAGUCUACUCCUUCUGCUGGUCAAGCCAAGAUAUCUUCUUUCUUCACGAAGAAAUAA